AUGGGGACUGACUCAGUUUCCAAGCUGUCCAGUUUGGUAUUCUUUGUUGUGUUUUUGGGUUGUUCUCUGUUGAUCCAGUGUAAUGUGACUUAUGAUAGAAAGGCAAUUAUGAUUAAUGGCCAAAGAAGAAUUCUUUUCUCUGGUUCUAUUCACUACCCAAGGAGCACUCCUGAUAUGUGGGAAGAUCUGAUACAGAAGGCAAAAGAUGGAGGGAUUGAUGUGAUUGAGACUUAUGUGUUCUGGAAUGUGCAUGAGCCUACUCCUGGAAAUUACCACUUUGAAGGGAGAUACGAUCUUGUGAGGUUCAUGAAGACAAUACAGAGAGCUGGCCUCUAUGCCCAUCUCCGCAUUGGACCUUAUGUUUGUGCAGAAUGGAAUUUUGGAGGGUUUCCUGUUUGGCUGAAGUAUGUUCCAGGCAUCAGCUUUAGAACAGACAAUGAGCCCUUCAAGAGGGCAAUGCAAGGGUUCACUGAGAAGAUUGUGGGAUUAAUGAAGGCUGAAAAUUUGUUUGAAUCCCAGGGUGGCCCCAUUAUACUCUCUCAGAUUGAGAAUGAGUAUGGCUCACAAAGUAAGUUAUUUGGCGCUGCUGGUUAUAAUUAUAUGACAUGGGCUGCAAAUAUGGCCAUAAAAACAGGAACUGGUGUCCCCUGGGUGAUGUGCAAGGAAGAAGAUGCCCCAGAUCCAGUGAUAAACACAUGCAAUGGAUUUUACUGUGAUUCAUUCACUCCUAACAAACCUUACAAGCCGACAAUUUGGACAGAGGCCUGGAGUGGAUGGUUCUCAGAGUUCGGUGGUCCAAUUCACCAGCGUCCAGUUCAAGAUUUGGCAUUUGCAGUUGCUAAAUUCAUACAGAAAGGAGGAUCCUUUAUUAAUUACUACAUGUAUCAUGGAGGGACCAACUUUGGUCGCAGUGCUGGAGGGCCUUUCGUUACCACCAGCUAUGACUAUGAUGCUCCAAUAGAUGAAUAUGGUUUGCUCAGGCAACCAAAGUAUGGCCAUCUAAAGGAGCUUCAUAGAUCCAUUAAGAUGUGUGAGCGAGCUUUAGUUUCAGUUGAUCCUAUUGUCACUCAAUUAGGAACCUAUCAACAGGCUCAUGUUUACUCUACAGAAUCAGGCGAUUGUGCAGCUUUCCUUGCAAAUCAUGAUACAAGAUCUUCUGCAAGAGUGUUGUUCAACAACAUGCACUAUAACUUGCCUCCUUGGUCCAUCAGCAUCCUUCCUGACUGCAGAAAUGUGGUCUUUAAUACUGCUAAGGUUGGAGUUCAAACAUCUCAAAUGGAAAUGUUGCCAACAAAUGGGAUGUUUUCAUGGGAGAGUUACGAUGAGGAUAUUUCUUCUCUGGAUGACAGCUCAACAUUCACAACUGCUGGUCUCUUGGAGCAGAUAAAUGUCACAAGGGAUGCUAGUGAUUACCUCUGGUACAAGACUAGUGUCAAUAUUGGUCCAUCCGAAUCCUUCCUGCGUGGAGGGGAACUCCCAACUCUCAUUGUUCAAUCAACAGGCCAUGCUGUGCAUAUCUUUAUUAAUGGACAGCUUUCAGGUUCUGCCUUUGGGACGAGAGAAAAUAGGAGGUUUACUUAUACUGGGAAGGUCAAUCUGCGUCCUGGGACAAACAGAAUUGCAUUGCUGAGCGUUGCUGUUGGGUUGCCGAAUGUGGGUGGACACUACGAGUCAUGGAACACUGGUAUCCUUGGUCCAGUUGCAUUGCAUGGACUUGAUCAGGGAAAAUGGGACUUGUCUUGGCAAAAAUGGACCUACCAGGUUGGUCUGAAAGGAGAAGCCAUGAACCUUCUCUCUCCAGAUAGUGUUUCUGCUGUUGAGUGGAUGCAAUCAUCUUUAGCUGCACAAAGACCUCAGCCAUUGACAUGGCAUAAGGCAUAUUUCAAUGCACCUGAUGGAGACGAGCCACUGGCUUUGGACAUGGAAGGUAUGGGAAAGGGUCAAAUAUGGAUUAAUGGACAAAGCAUAGGAAGAUACUGGACUGCAUAUGCUAGUGGUAAUUGCAAUGGAUGCAGUUAUGCUGGAACAUUCCGGCCUCCAAAAUGUCAGCUUGGGUGUGGCCAACCUACUCAACGAUGGUACCAUGUUCCUCGGUCUUGGUUGAAGCCAACCAAUAAUCUCUUGGUUGUUUUCGAGGAACUUGGAGGGGAUCCUUCAAGAAUUUCUCUUGUGAAGAGAUCAGUGGCCAGUGUUUGUGCUGAGGUCACUGAGUUCCACCCAACUAUUAAGAACUGGCACAUUGAAAGCUAUGGAAGAGCUGAAGAGUUCCACAGCCCCAAGGUUCAUCUUCGGUGUAGUGCAGGCCAGUCCAUUUCUUCCAUUAAAUUUGCAAGCUUUGGAACUCCUUUAGGAACUUGUGGUAGUUAUCAGCAAGGAACCUGCCAUGCUUCUACCUCCUACGCCACCUUAGAGAAGAAAUGUAUAGGGAAGCAGAGAUGUGCUGUUACCAUAUCUAACAGCAACUUCGGCCUAGACCCAUGUCCAAAGGUGUUGAAGAAGUUGUCAGUUGAAGCUGUUUGUGCCCCUACAAAUUGGAGGGCUUAA